GUGUGUGUGUGUCUGUGAGAGAGAGAGAGACACACAGGGGGCAACAAGAUAGCUGUUAACACGGGGAGGGGGACAGAUCCCACCACCAACAAACAAACUCCGCACCUGCUUACAGAAAACAAAUGCAGGUAUAUCUGACUCUCAGCGCACAGAGGGUCUCCCGCACUUCCCCGACCCCGCAAAUCCGCCUCUCCCCGCCUGUCAGUCUGAUGGUCGGCGGCUGUAGGUCCAGUUAAACCGGAUUACCAGAGCGGACACUCGCUUUAACCCAGCUUCUCCUCCCGGGACGCUCUCCGUUCUCUAUGCGUCUCUGAGCGAAGAUCAGCUGUUUAUCUACAGGGACGGAACAUGACGGAGCUGAGACGGCGGGGAGCGGGAGGCGGAGACCCGGACAGCGCAGAAAACAUCAGCGACAAGGAGGCAGAUGGAGAGGACAGGCUGGGGCUGCCCAGUGAAGGGGAAGGAGAAAUGGAGGGCGACUGUAAAGCAGACACUCCAGACGCGCCGCCACCUACUGACAACACUCCACAGUGUCUCAACAAAGCCCUGGAGGGCCUGUCAUCCAGGUGGAAAAACUGGUGGAUACGGGGGAUUUUGUCACUGACGAUGAUCAUAGGCUUCUUCCUUAUCAUCUAUUUGGGACCUCUUAUGCUUAUAUUUGUUGUUAUGAGUAUUCAGAUUAAAUGUUUUCAAGAAAUCAUACAAAUUGGCUACAGAGUUUACCGUUCCUAUGACCUGCCAUGGUUCAGAACACUCAGCUGGUAUUUCUUGAUUUGUGUGAACUACUUCUUCUAUGGUGAGACAGUAGCUGACUAUUUUGGAGCACUAGUCCAAAGGGAGGAGCCCCUGCAGUUUCUUGUGCGCUAUCAUCGCUUCAUUUCUUUUGCUUUGUACUUGGCAGGUUUCUGCAUGUUUGUUCUGAGCUUAGUGAAGAAACAUUACCGCCUGCAGUUUUAUAUGUUUGCUUGGACCCAUGUGACCCUGUUGAUUGUGGUAACUCAGUCUCACCUGGUCAUUCAGAACCUGUUUGAAGGAAUGAUCUGGUUCAUUGUUCCGAUAUCGAUUGUCAUCUGUAAUGACAUUAUGGCUUACCUGUUUGGCUUCUUCUUUGGAAGAACACCUCUGAUCAAGCUCUCUCCGAAGAAGACCUGGGAAGGCUUCAUCGGUGGCUUCUUCUCCACAGUGUUUUUAUCUUUCCUUUUUGCCUACCUGCUGUCUCAGUACCAGUACUUUGUAUGUCCAGUAGAGUACAACAGUGAGACCAACCGCUUCGCUGUGGAGUGUGAGCCUUCAGAUCUGUUUGUGAUUCAGGAAUACACUCUGCCUGUGAUGGUACAGAAUAUUCUCAGAUGGAAAACCGUGAACCUGUACCCCUUUCAGAUUCACAGCAUUGCUCUCUCCUCGUUCGCUUCUCUGAUUGGACCUUUCGGUGGAUUCUUUGCCAGUGGGUUCAAGCGAGCUUUCAAAAUCAAAGAUUUUGCAGACACCAUCCCUGGGCACGGUGGCAUCAUGGAUCGCUUUGACUGUCAGUACCUGAUGGCGACCUUUGUUCAUGUUUAUAUAGCAAGCUUUAUCAGGGGCCCGAACCCCAGUAAAGUGUUACAGCAGCUGCUGGUCCUGCAGCCCGAACAACAGCUCAACAUUUUCAACACACUGCGCAACCAUCUGAGAGAGAAAGGCAUGCUGCCUCCUGCUGUGCUGGAGCAAUGAGGGAACACUCAGCCCAUCAGAAGAACUGCAGAUAAAAAACAAACAGAAAAGAACAGUUACGGUUUAACUCGAUAACUAUUCACACACAACUGUGGAUGCUCAACAACACACCCAUCAACACGCUGUCCAGAAACUACUCUGGAGGUUCUGUACAACAAAGUGAACACACAGAAGUCUUUACCUCACGCUUCCACUGCACGAGCAGCUCACCGCACUACAGAUAAGAAACACGGUGGCGGCAGCAGACUUGACCACAAGGGGCGCUAAAGUGAACUACAGCAAAAUGCAGUCUUCCAGCUAACUGAAAAGAAAUGGAAGCACGUGGUAAGUGAAUGUAGAGGGCUGAAACGUUUGAUAAUUAUAGUUUUUAUUAUGCAGAGUAAGAGCUGCGAUGCACUGAUUCUGAAACUGAUUCUAGUUUAUUUUAUUAGCGUUAGCGUGAUUUUGUUUUUUAUUUUUUCCUUAAAUCAGAGCUAACAGAGAUUAGCUCACUUUCUGGCAGCAAUAAUUCUAGACUGAGGACGGCAGGUUUUGAAAUGCUAAUAGUCAUGAUUAGCAUGUUAAUAAGUGCUUAAUUAAAUAAAAAAUAAUCAUGAUGUUACUUACAGCACAUUCAGUACACAAAAAUAAAUACAAAGAGGCAUGUUUCUCAAGACUAACCAUUACUUAUACUGCUAUAAUAGCCAUUUUCUCCUUUCUAGCUUUGCCUGUUGUUGAUCUGGAACUGUAGUUAGCUAACCUAACUAGCUAGUAGCUUUGGACUCAUAAGUUAGCAUUAAUGCUGUAUGACAGACUCUGUAUGUACAUAUCUCAUAUAUUGAUGUAAAUAGAUAGAGAUUAUACUAAAAUAUUUACAGUAUAAUAUAUAAAGUAUACCUGUGUGACUCUAAAUUCUAUACAUUUUUGAGGUAUGAAGAAAAUAUAUGCAAACAAACUAGACAUUCCCUGAACUUUAGCUAGCUAGCAUGAUCAAACCUCUCUGAGGAGAAAAGUUUGGGGAAUGAGUGAGACUUGAACGAAUGUCAGGUUAACCUGCUUGGGGUGAAAUGGAAGAUGAUUUGGAGUGACUAAUAUUAAUCUGUGAAUUAUGAAAUUUUUUUAAAUUGCUGUGCUUCCAGUAGCUACCCCACUGACCAGUCUUAGUUGCACUGUAGUUAGCUAUAGGACUCGACAUGUCAUUUUAUAAGAUCUGAAAUUUGAAAUCUGUAGUGAAGUUAGCAUCUGUUAGCAAUAACGUGUUGCAAGGAAGGUUUAAAAUAUUCAUACAAAAAUGUGGGUUUGGAUUUUCUAGUUAAUGUUAUUAGCAGAAGUCCUUCCUAAUUGUUUACCAAAGCUUUGUGUCUUUUUUACUGUAAAGGAAAACCCCACAUUAGCUAGUUCACACCGAAAGCGCCAAUUCUGGAACUUUUCCAAGUUGAUGAAGAAAUAAUUUAUUGACGUGGGCACUGAUAUCAUACAGUUAGCUAACAAAAUAACAUACUAAAACACCUCACUCCCCCAACUGACUAGUCUGAUCUAGCUGUAGUUAGCUAGCUUGUGAGCUGAGCUAUUUUUUUUUUAAACAUCUUCUUCAGGUUUUAGUGUGGAACACUGUCGUCUUGUAGUAGACUCUGUGUGUUUAGGAUAUUUUAAGAGUUAAAUAUGCUUCUAUAAUAAUAACUAACUAAUUUAUCUGUUAACAAUAAACUGUUGCGAAAAAGGUUAAAAAUACACAUACAAAAACGUUGGUUUGGAUUUUUACUAAUUGUUUACCAAAGCUUUGUCCUAUUUGCUGUAUUAAAAAACCCAUUUCAACACUAAUUCACAAAAAAAAAAAUCAUCAAUUCUGGAAGUGUCCCAAGUUGAUUAAGGAAUAAUUUAUUGACGUGCACUAUUAUAAUAGUUAGAUAACAAAAUUACAUACUGGAACACUUCACUUCCCCACUGACCAGUUUUAGCAACACUUCUUUAGGUUUUAGAAUCAAACACUGGCCUCUUGUGGUAGACUCUGUGUGUUUAGGAUAUUUUAAGAGUUAAAUAUGCUUCAAUAAUAACUGAAAUUUGAAAUCUGUAGUGAAGGAGAUACUGUGUGUUCUUUAGUUAGCUAACUAAUUCAUCUGUUAACAAUAAACUGUUGCAAGGAAGGUUUUAAAUACACAUACAAAAAUAUGGCAAAACGUCUUCAGAUUUUAGUUUUGAACACUGGUGUCUUAUGGUUGAUUCUGUGUGUUUAGUAUAUUUUAAGAGUUGAAUAUGCUCCGAUAAUAACUGAAAUUUGAAAUCUGGAGUGAAGGAGAUAGUGUGUUCUUUAGUUAGCUAAAUAAUGUUAACAAUAACAUGUUGCACAGAAUGUUUAAAAUAUACAUACAAAAAUAUUUGGAUUUAAGAUUUUGGGAUUUUCCUAAUUGUUUAUCAAAGCUUUGUGUCUUUUUGUGCUGUAUUAAAAACCCCACUUUAACGCCAAUAAUUUCACACAAAAAGCAUCAAUUCUGGAACUGUUCCAAGUUGAUUAAGGAAUAAUUUAUUGAUGAUUGCACUGAUAUCAUACAGUUAGCUAACAAAAAUACAUACUGUAACACUUCACUGCCCCACUGACCAGUUUUAGCAACACUUCUUCAGGUUAUAGAAUCGAACAGUGAUGUCUUAUGGUUGAUUCUGUGUGUUUAGGAUAUUUUAAGAGUUAAAAAUGCUUCAAUAAUAACUGAAUUUGAAAUCUGGAGUGAAGGAGAUACAGCGUGUUCUUUAGUUAGCUAACUUAUUCAUCUGUUAACAAUAAACUGUUGCAAGAUAGGUUUAAAAUAUGCACACAAAAAUAUGGGUUUGGAUUUUCCUAAUUGUUUAUCUAACAAAAUACAUACUGGAACAUUUCACUCCCCCACUGACCAGUUUUAGCAACACUUCUUCGGGUUUUAGAAUCACUGAACACUGGCGUCUUGUGGUAGACUCUGUGUGUUUAGGAUAUUUUAAGUAGUUUUAGUAGUUGAAUAUGCUUUAGUAAGACCUUUGAAAGAAUUUGAAAUCCAGAGUGAAGUAGUUACAGUGUGUGCUUUAGUUAGCUGGCUAAUUCAUCCCUUAGCAAUAAUGUGUUGCAAGAAAAGUUUAAAAUACAAAUACAAAAACGUGGGUUUAGAGUUUCCUAAUUGUUUACCAAAGCUUUGUGUCUUUUUUUUGCUGUAUAAAAAAAGCCCACAUUUAUUCUAACUAGUUCAGUCCAAAAUCUGUCCCAAGCUGAUUAAGAAAUAAUUUAUUGGGAUAUCCAUGAUUUCCUUAGUUUAGCAAACAAAAUGACAUACUGAAACACAUGACAAAUAGGAUAUUGUCAGUUACGUUUCACUCUUAGCACUUUUUUUUUAGGUUCAUAAGGAAAUACAUUUCCCUAAAGUGAACUUGAUAAACUUCCCCUGUCCAGUGAUCAGUACUCUUACAGGUCUAGUAGGGGCAUAGAGAAGUUUGGGACCAGAUGUUUGUACUGUAUAACCUUUAACUCAGUAAAUAUGUGAUGAUAUAUGCAUCCCCCUACCUUAAUUACCCUGUGGUCCACCACAGUACCCUGUUCAUUCCCUUCUGUAGUUCUGCGUGUUUACAGACGUCCUCUUCUUUUUCUUUCUUGUCUGCUGUGCCGUUUCCUAGGCUUUGUUUAAAUAAUGGCUCCACUUGCUCUUUCUUGUAGCUCUGUAUGAAUGUUGCAUGUCUAAUAGAAACCUGUCAAAACCCUGUCAGACCAAAAAUAUAAUAUAAAAAUAAAACAUCUGGUGUCUGUAGCUUGUUCCAAAGCUACCACAACUGUAAUGUUUUCAACUUAGCUAUGAGUUGUUGCACGGUUUCUGUUCUGAUGCUUUCCAACAUGUAAUACUGUACAUGCACAUACAAAUACAGUUCAAGUAGUUUAACAGCAAAUGGGAUUUAACAGCAAAUGGGGACUCACCAUUGCAUUGUCAGAUGUUAUGUUAUGUGUAUUGUUUAAAAAAAAAACAUUUGGGAUCUCUCUCUUUUUUUUUCUUCUUUUUUUUGGAUGUUGUUUUAAUAAUUAUUUAUGACUUUGAUUUACAGAUUUAUUUUCUAAUAUAAAUAUGUUUUAAAUGGCCAAUAUUUAACAGUUUUACCACGAAUACACAAACAAAAUGGUGUAUGGGCAAUUUAAAGGAAUCAGACAUGAUGUAUGAAAUUAUUAUUAUUAUUAUUAUUAUUAUUAGAGGUGAAUAAAAUAUUGUAUUUUUUUUU